AUGUCACACUCUGGGGCCAUGGGUAACCAGCAGUCGAACAUCGGAGGAGGUCCCGGCGGGGAUGGAAGAGAUGACAAGGACAAGAAGAAGGAGAAGCCUAGAUACGAACCACCACCACCACCUACAACCCGCGUUGGACGGAAGAAGCGCAAGGCGGCCGGUCCUAGCACUGCAUCGAAAUUGCCGGACAUCUUCCCUACGUCACGAUGUAAACUACGAUACCUUCGAAUGCAACGGGUCCACGACCACCUAUUGCUCGAGGAGGAAUAUGUGGAGAACAUGGAGCGUCUGCGCAAGGCCAAGGCCCAGGCUUCGCUGGACUCCGUGAGCCCGGGUGACUUGGAUAUCAUGGACAGAAACGCAGAUGAGAGGAGUCGGGUUGAUGACAUGAGAGGCACUCCUAUGGGAGUCGGCAAUCUGGAAGAGUUGAUUGACGAUGACCAUGCGAUUGUUUCGAGUGCAACCGGCCCCGAGUACUACGUCUCUAUCAUGUCCUUUGUCGACAAGGAUCUGCUGGAGCCCGGUGCCAGUAUCCUUUUGCAUCACAAGUCGGUUUCGGUCGUUGGUGUGCUGACUGAGGAGUCGGACCCGCUUGUCUCCGUCAUGAAGCUCGACAAAGCACCGACUGAGUCUUAUGCCGAUAUUGGUGGUCUCGAGUCGCAGAUCCAAGAAGUUCGAGAAUCGGUCGAGCUGCCGUUGCUGCAUCCAGAGUUGUACGAAGAGAUGGGUAUCAAGCCGCCAAAGGGUGUCAUUCUCUACGGUGCUCCUGGUACCGGCAAGACGUUGCUUGCUAAGGCCGUUGCCAACCAAACCAGUGCCACUUUCCUCCGUAUUGUCGGUAGUGAGCUGAUCCAGAAGUACCUCGGUGAUGGUCCGCGGUUGGUUCGCCAGAUUUUCCAGGUUGCCGCCGAACAUGCUCCCUCCAUCGUGUUCAUCGAUGAAAUCGACGCCAUCGGUACGAAGCGUUAUGAUUCUACAUCCGGUGGUGAGCGAGAAAUCCAGCGUACCAUGUUGGAGCUUCUGAACCAGCUGGAUGGAUUCGAUGAUCGUGGAGACGUGAAGGUCAUUAUGGCCACAAAUAAGAUUGAGACGCUGGAUCCUGCCCUGAUCCGUCCUGGACGUAUUGACCGGAAGAUUCUCUUCGAGAACCCAGAUCAAAACACCAAGAAGAAGAUCUUCACUUUGCACACGUCCAAGAUGUCGCUUGGAGAUGACGUGGACCUCGACGAAUUUAUCAACCAGAAGGAUGAUUUGUCCGGUGCCGAUAUCAGAGCCAUUUGCACAGAGGCUGGUCUCAUGGCGCUGAGAGAGCGUCGCAUGAGAGUGCAGAUGGACGAUUUCCGCGCUGCCAGGGAGCGGAUCAUGAAGACCAAGCAGGACGGCGGACCUGUGGAGGGCUUGUACUUGUAG